AUGUUCAUCAUGAAUCCUCAAUUGAUACAAACUAUCAAAUCUAUCUUGUGGUCACGAAAUGCAUUGGCGGGUUUCAAGGGUCUUCUCGUAUAUAUCAUCUUCUUUGUCAUCUUCUUUUUGGGUCCAUUCGAGCGCUUGUUCAGUUUACCGGCUGCUGGUACUAGCGCUCUCUUGUUUUGUAUUGCUGGCUUCCCUGGAAAAUCGGUUGGAGCAUGUAUCACUUUGGUUAUUUCGGCUCUGCUGGGCGUUGGUCUGGGUGCAUUCAAUUUUUAUCUGCUCGCAAAGGCAGCCCCUUCACCUGUCGGACAAGGUUUCCUGUUCUUCAUAAUGGUUUAUCUCUUAGGACUCCUGAAAGCCUCAGAUCCAAAGUGGUUCGCAUUCUCAUUGCUUUGUAUUUUGAUGUCUUGGAAUGGGAUCACAACUACUGUCAACGCUCCUGGUCGACAAUUCUCUUCUGAUUCACUUAUAAGUUAUCUCACUGCAUAUCUAUGGGGUGGUGCAAUCAUUCUCUUUGUCAAUAUCUUUGUCUUUCCUCAUACGGCGGAAAAGGAGCUGCGAAUAGCGUUGGCUGCCUCUUUGGAUCACUGUCGUGUAUUUUUUUGUUUACUCUCCAAAACUUAUCGACUAGAGAUCAAUGAAGAAGAAACUCGUGUGCGAGACGAGCUUGCUCAGUCUAUCAGAGCAGACUUCAAUAUACUUCAAGGUAUAAUGACAGAAACUAGAAUUGAGAUAGUUUGGUCAAAGUGGUCAAUGUCGGAUUAUAAUCUCAUGGUUCACAAGACCCGUACAAUCCAACAAAUCUUGACUACAGUUCAUACAAACCUUCAAUCACUAGAUGGGUUAAAUACCAAGGAGUUUAAAAGAGAUUUUUUAUUAGGAGCAGAUAAAUCAUUAGAUGAACUUCAAAAAACGAUGCAUCAAUCAUUACAGGAAAUUCAAAAAGAGUUAGGAGUCGGUGAUCAAUGUGAAUCUUUUAAUCAAAAAGAAGCUCAAGAUAUGAGAGAAGUAGAUUUAGAGAAUUCUUCACCUUCUGAUACAAGACCUCAACGAAAUCGUUCUUCAAGCCAGAGUACUUCGAUCAUGGAAGUCGAAGCUAGACUACGCUCGGUUCAAAAUAACCUUGCAAAUGAAUUAAACAUGUCAUCCCGAAACUCAUACUCGAUCGAGACUCUCGCCUCUGCAGACUCGAUCCGUAAUUCUAACCCAGAACAUGAUAUACCAAUGUCUCAUAAAUCAUACACAGAUUCCACUCCCGGUUUCCCAUCUACUGAAUUAAAGAAGGAGCAAAUACCCAGUUCACUACAAGGGAAGUUAUUAAAGGCUUCUUCUAUGUUUGAAGAAUUCCAAUAUCGUAAAAUAGGUGUCUUUUUAGGAUCUGGAAGGUUAUAUGAUUCUAGCGAAACAAUGCUACUGAAACCUUCAUCUUCUGUACUGUCUAUGUCCGGUCCAAAAAGCUCGACAGACAUUCAAGAAGCUGAACUAGAGCAUGAAACCAACAAAACCUCAUCUCACCCCAUCUCAUUUGUCCGUAAAACCAAUCCUCAUGAUCCGAAUUCACAUUUAUCUACACCAGCACUGGGCUCUCGUCCAACUUCGAAUCAAACCUUUCUAACUGAAAUUGAAGAGACUGAAAUCCAUCAAACCUUUCUACGUGCAUUCUCUUAUUCGUUCAGUAUACAUAAUUUGAUAAAAGAGGUCACCGAAUUACUUGAACAUGUUACUGAGAACCUUCCGAAUGGUUCAAAACGAAAAUCAUCUCUUCACUUUCAUUUUUUGGAAAAUCUAAAUCCAAAGGUUCAAAAACGUAAACCUACAAACCCAAAUGACGAUAACGAAACAGGAUCAAAUGUAAAUCCAUCCUCAACAGAAGAAUCUGAAGACGAGAAAGGCAAUUUAUCAAUGCGUGAAGCAUUAGACGCUCUAGAAGGUCGAGAACACAUUCCAUCCAAGAGGGGUGUGCUUGGAUGGUUAAUCCGACUUGAAGAUUACAUUCGUUCACCUGAUAGUAUAUGCGCCUUCAAAGGAGCCUGUGGGGCUUCUGUACUCGGGAUUCUAUUUUGGGUAGACAAGACACGUCGAUUUUCAACAGACUUUACUUUAUCAAGUGGAUUACUCACCAUUAUGGUCGCUAUCACUCCCACCUUAGGACAGAGUUGGAUGAGUUUUAUGUUCCAGAUCUGUGGUCAAGGUCUAGGUUUGGUGUAUACAAUGAUAGAUGUAGGAGGUUAUAAAUACAAUCCAUACGGAUUAGUAGUAGCCUUAUCAUUAUUUGCAGCUCCACUCUGUUACAUGCUCUAUAGCGAUCCUAAAUUAUUUAUCUUAUGUCUUUUAGCUUUAAAUUCAGCUGGUGUGCUAGCUUAUUCAGAAUUUUUGAAUCGUAAUCAUACAUUUGAUUCACCGGCACAUAGAAUGGGUAAGAUCUUAACAGCCUUGGCUGUGGCUUUGGCUAUCGUCACUAGUUUACAACUUUUGAUUUUAAGAAAUCCAGCUAAAAGAUCUUUACGUAAAGCUAUGGCUCAAGUUAUGAAAGCUAAUACUGCUUAUACAAUUAUUCUUCAAGCUUAUGUUAAAGCAACUGUCUCGACUGAUCCUUAUCGACGUCCUUCACAUAAAGCACUUCGAAGAGUUUACCAUGAAUUGAUCAAACGUGAAACUCAAAUUCAAAGUCAGAUUUUGAAUUUGAUCCCACUCAUCAAGUUUUCAAGUGUUGAACCAUCAUUUGUUAAACCUUUUAAUGGAAAACAAUAUUCAAGACUUGUGAAAGCCAAUCAACGAAUCCUAGAUCGGAAUAGGGAUGCAAGAAUGGCAAUAGGAGAUCAACCGAUUUCAGAAAUCAUUAUAAAAGAAUUCGUCAACAAAUUACAUUCUCAUCGAAAAAGAGCGAUUCCAGAACUUAGAGUCUCAUUUUAUCUUUGUACUUCUACUUUACAAUCUAAAUUUCCUUUACCUAAAAAUUUACCAAAAGGAAAAGAUCAUUCAAUUGAAUUCUUUCAUGAUGGACUUUUAUUAUCGAUUAGAUUGAUUCAAAAAUUCUCGAAAUCUAAAACAAGAUCAGAUGAAUCGAAGAUUUUAACCAAUCGUGAAUUAACAAGAUAUUGGUCUUAUUUAUUGAGUAUGAUUAGUAUUUUUGAACAAUUAGAAGAAAUCGAAAAUGCAACUCAAAUCUUGUUUGGAAAUAUGGAAGAUGAUCCAUUAGAUUUUUAA